AUGAUUACCAAAUUCAUGACCGAGGUCACUGCCAAGUUCAACCCGUUCUCGCCGUGCGCGAAGCCGGCCCGCCUCUUCCUCACACAACUACCGCCCAACGCGCGGGCAAAUGGCAUGAAGAUCACCUCGACAUUGUUGCCCAAGGGGGCCACCGAACCGAGCUCAGUCUACGUCAAGUUCAAGGACGGCCAGGAGAUGAACUUUGCGUGCGACAAGACAAACAUCAUCGGCUUGACAAACGAAUGCGACCGACACUCGCGCGCGCUGCAAAAGAAGGACGACUUGCAAGAUUGA